CCAGCUUGCUGCUCCGGUGUGGAUUUGGUCUGUGGCGUUGCAGAUAUUGGUCUUUAGUUUUUAUAUAACAGCCCCUUCUCGUCUUUAAUAAGCAGAAUAGCCUCUGGGGGACCUGCACCCGGAGUCUGCUGGUCAGGAGUCUGGACAUCAAACAGGAAUUAUCCCAUCUAGUUUGACUGGCGCUUUCGAUCCUUUUUUAAAAAAGAUAAUCUAAUACAUGUUUGCUUGACUUCUACACCGUAUUAGUGCAAUCCCGGAUCAGUUGGAAACUGACAGUCCAGGUCACGAUGAGUCCAUUUUGUUUUCUGAGGAAAAAUGCGAAUUGAAUGAAACUUAACUGACGUUCCUGGUUUUACCCUCUGCAUUGCUCAUGAACUGAGCAGUUCUGAAAGCGGCUGCACUGCGUUUGUAGGUACUUAACUAUUGUGAAACACUGACAAAAUGAUGACCUGGCAUUUACUACUAAGUACAGCUUUAGUUGUAAUCAGUUCCCACAAGGCAGAUCCUUCAAAUGCUUCAGAUAAGGAAGUGUGUGAGCAGCUGUGUUCCUGUGAAGAAAGAGACGGUUUGCUGCACAUAAAUUGUCAAAACAAGGACAUCACCAAAAUAUCUCAAAUAAAACCACCACAGACAUAUAACUACAAUCUUAACCUACAAGAUAACUUUGUGAGUGUAAUAUAUCGCAACGAUUUCAUCAGCUUCAGGAAUGCUUUGUCACUGCAUCUUGGCAAGAAUCAUUUGCAAAACCUGGAGGCUGGGACUUUCACUGGCCUUAGUUCUUUGAAACGCUUGCAUAUAAAUGGCAACAAUUUGGAAGUUCUGCGUGAGGGCACAUUUCGGGGAUUGGACAAUUUGGAAUUCCUUCAGGCAGAUAAUAACUUCAUCCAAGUUAUUGAGCCUGGUGCAUUCAGUAAGCUUCACCGGCUGAAAGUGCUCAUCCUGAAUGACAAUGCAAUCCCCUUUCUCCCCACCAACAUCUUUCGUUUUGUACCCCUGACGCACCUGGACCUUCGAGGAAAUCACUUAAAUUCACUUCCAUACGUUGGUCUGUUGGAGCAUAUUGGCAGAAUAAUGGAGCUACAGCUGGAGGAUAACCAGUGGAAAUGUGAUUGUGAUUUAGUGCCACUCAGAUCCUGGCUGGAAAACAUGCCGCCCCAGUCUAAUAUUGGCGAUGUUGUUUGUAUGCACCCAUUUAGACUGAAGGGUAAAAUUUUAACUAAAAUACCAGUUAUGGAGAUUUGUCCUGCAGGUUCUGGAACUGACUUUGAGGAACCCAUAAAUUCAAUUCAUUUGGUAGUAACUCCAGCUGGUGAUAAUACUCAUAUCAACAUCCAUAGUGUGAAUAAGUCAGUUAUUAAAGAACCUAAAAGGGAUCCGUAUAUUCUACAACCUGAUGGACAGGAUGAUGGUAAAAUUGCGACAACAUGGCCUGUGAUCUAUCCAAAAUCGCCCUGCAUGACCACUUGUCAUUGCAGCACACAAUCAAAUGUCGGGCAGAUAAUGAAAUGUCAAGAAAGAAACAUUAAAAGUUUGUCAGACCUUGCACCCAGUCCACCAAAGCCAAUAAAGCUUUAUUUGACAGAUAACGUUAUCGAGUAUGUUACAAAAUUUGAUCUACUCGGUUAUGACAGCCUAGAUUUACUACAUUUAGGAAAUAAUCGAAUAACAGUGAUUGAGGAUGGUGCUUUUGCAAACCUCACCAAUCUUCACAAGAUGUACUUGAAUGGUAACAGUAUUGUACGAUUAAGAAAAGAAAUGUUCAUUGGUCUCAGUUGUCUUCAAUACUUGUAUCUGGAGCACAAUAUAAUCAAAGAGAUACUACCUGGGACAUUCAGUGCACUACCACAGCUCAAGGUCUUGUAUUUGAACAACAAUCUUCUUCAUAGUUUGCCCCCACAUAUAUUUGCUGGUGUUCCACUCUUACGGUUAAACCUUAAAAGUAACCACUUGAUGCAUCUUCCUGUGAGCAAUGUAAUAGAUCAGCUUGAAUUCUUGGUUCAGAUAGAUUUAGAAGACAACCCCUGGGAUUGCACUUGUGACUUGGUAAGCUUGAAGCAAUGGAUGGAAAAACUCCAUAAAAAUGUAACUGUCAGUGAGAUUAUGUGUGAGUCCCCUGAAAAGUUUGCCAAGAAAGAUUUGAAAAUGCUAAACAAUGAAUUGAUAUGUCCUGGAUUAAUAAGUAUUCUAGACCCACCGACAGAGGCCAGUAAUAUUGACUCAACCAUGGCAGCUUCUAGUACUGUCUCCAGCCUCCUGGGUUCCAUCAUGGACACGGUCCCACUUUCUGUUUUGAUCCUUAGCUUGUUGGUGGUAUUCUUAUUGAUUGUAUUCAGUGCAGCUGGGAUGGUGGUCCUUGUGCUUCACCGUCGGAGAAGGACAAAGAAAAAACAUAAAACUACUCCAGUGCAGGACUGCAGUCCUUUGCAGGUUCAAUACAGUGUAUACGGACACAAGAGAACCCAUCAUACUGAAGAAAGACCAGAUGGAAAUAUAUAUGAGCAGCACACGAUUAAUGCAAUAGGUCCAGUCUGCAGGAGCCGUUCUUAUAAUAUGAGGGAUGUGGAACUGGACAAUGAGAGCAAAGAUGGGAAUGAGCCAAAAAUGAUUUAUAGGAGUCACAUGAUAAGAGAAAAUGACCCUCUGCUCACAAAUCCCAACAUCAAAUUCAGUACAAUAGAGCAAGCCCCAGAAUUUAUGUCCCUCCGUGAUCCUACUUCAAUGUACAGAAAUAUUAUUGAAAAGGAAAGGGAGCUUCAGCAAAUUGGAAUCACAGAAUACCUGAAGAAAAAUAUCUCACCAUUACAAUCAGAUCUCGACGUUCGCUACCCAUCCAGACAUGAAGAGCUGAAACUGAUGGAAGCAAUCAUAUACUCAAGACCUAAAAAAGUUGUGGUUGAAGAGACAAAAAAUGAAUAUUUUGAACUGAAAGCAAAACUACAAACUGAACCUGACUACUUAGAAGUUUUGGAACAGCAGACAGCCUUGAACCAACCAUAACUCCUUCAAGGGCAUUGACAUUUUUAAUUCGCCUGUUACAUUGUGAUAAAUUAGCCUAUUUGCUGUACUAAGACAUUAGUGCCUUUACAGAUGAUUCUCUUUUUUCUGCAAACAAUACAGCAGUAAUCCUUAUUUAACUCAGGGAUCGAUAGACAAACCACUGGGAAUAGCCAAUAGAGAAUGUAGGUACAGGUACAGUAACAGCCACAGGAUUUCUUUCACAGUGUACAGACAGUGCAUUGUCAAGCACAAGGCUUUAUUAAGCGUCAGGACGAUCAUUUUAUAGUUGUAGAGACAAUCCUAUUAAAAUAACCUUAUGAUGCUGUCAGGUGAACCAAUGGUGAUCAAAAGAGGGUUUCCGAAGGAGUGACUGCUACCUGUAUGCACAUUUAUUGGGAAGCCUUAUUUUCAAGGCCACAGGUUUGCAGUUUUCAUGGAACAGUGGAUGAAAUCAUGGAAUGUGAUCCCUAAAAAAAAGUGACAAUUCCUUGUGACAAAACAGAAUCAGAUCCAUGCAAUUGAUGUAAACCUGUGACUUUUUUUUCAUUUUAAUUAAUACAUAUACUCUCACGAUCUUCUGUAAUGCUUUCAUUGUCUAAUAUGGGAGAUGAGUUACAUGAUUUCUGACAAUCCAAUUUGUUGCUGCUGGAUUUUAAAUUAUAGAGAAUAGUCUGAACUUGCAAAUCUGCAAGUCUUGAAAUAACUACUGUAAGGAGCAGACCCAAAUGUGGCUGCACAUUGUAUUUAGACUGAGUCAUAUUCUCUUUGCAACAUUUCUUUCAUGUCAGUUAUAUCACAAGGCAUUCCCAAUUCCUUUAAGCCUGGAACUACAUUCAAGGCAGUUAUUUUUAAGAAAAAUUGAAACUAAAAAAAAUUGUGCUUUUUUUGGUAAACCUUUCAUUCACAGAAGGUUUAAAAACUGAGAUGUAUUGGGAAGAAAAGCACACAAAGACCAAGAUGUUGAAGGAUAUGAUUUGUUUCAAAUACAACACAGAAUUCUACAAGUUAUUUUUUCAUUUACAAAAUUGUAAAAUAUUCCUGUAAACUAUUUAUUCUGUACAGUUUUGCAAAUAAAGCAGGGGUGCCUUUCUUGU